GGUGGGUGGCACGGGGCCGAGAGGGUCGGAUCCGCUUGACCUGGCUGUGGUUUGGGCGGGCGUCCUUGGCCCUUGCUUGCAGCAGGCUUUGGAUUCUUCGCUCCUGGACACAGCUCGUGCCCGGUGCGCGUUCUCGGGUUGGAUCUCCGGGGGCUCUCACGGAACGUCAGCCCGGAGGAGGCCAGUCCUAAAUCUCCAAGCAUCAGGGCUGCCCGAUUCUCAAGGCGGGUGGGGGACACUGGACCUCCAGACAGCCUGGUUCCCUGCCUACCUGCUCGGUUUGCUGUGUUCCAUGUUGGCAAUGGCUGCUAGUUUUCCACAGGAAGUUGUGGUGGCUGAGAAAAUUUGUGGCCCAGUAAGUAGCAACUAAAUGCCUGGGAUGCUGACCAGAAGCUUCUGUGUGUUCUAAGGUUCCUGAACAGCCCCACUCACCAUGGACCUGGAUCCCCACGCAGGUGUGCAGGUGGGCAUGCGUGUGGUACGCGGAACAGACUGGAAGUGGGGCCAGCAGGAUGGCGGUGAGGGCGGUGUGGGCACCGUGGUGGAGCUUGGCCGCCAUGGCAGCCCCUCGACCCCCGACCGUACAGUUGUUGUCCAGUGGGACCAGGGCACACGUACCAACUAUCGAGCUGGCUACCAGGGUGCCCAUGACCUGCUGCUCUAUGACAACGCCCAGAUCGGUAUCCGUCACCCCAACAUCAUUUGUGACUGCUGCAAGAAACACGGGCUUCGCGGCAUGCGUUGGAAGUGCCGUGUCUGCUUUGACUAUGACCUCUGUACGCAGUGCUACAUGCACAACAAACACGACCUCACCCACGCCUUCGAGCGCUACGAGACAUCCCACUCACGCCCGGUCUCACUGAGUCCCCGACAGGGCCUCCCUCGAAUCCCACUGAGGGGCAUCUUUCAGGGAGCAAAAGUGGUCCGAGGCCCUGACUGGGAAUGGGGCUCCCAAGAUGGUGGGGAGGGGAAGACAGGCCGCGUGGUGGACAUCCGUGGCUGGGAUGUGGAGACAGGCCGAAGUGUGGCCAGCGUGACGUGGGCAGAUGGAACCACCAACGUGUACCGCGUGGGCCACAAGGGCAAGGUGGACCUCAAGUGUGUUGGGGAGGCGGCUGGCGGCUUUUACUACAAGGAGCAUCUCCCGAAGCUCGGCAAACCAGCAGAGCUUCAGCGCAGGGUGAGUGUCGAUGGCCAGCCCUUCCAGCGUGGGGACAAGGUCAAGUGUCUGCUGGACACAGACGUCCUAAGGGACAUGCAAGAAGGCCACGGUGGCUGGAACCCUAGGAUGGCGGAGUUUAUCGGACAGAUGGGCACCGUGCACCGCAUCACAGACCGUGGGGACGUGCGUGUGCAGUUCAACCACGAGACCCGCUGGACCUUCCACCCUGGGGCUCUCACCAAGCACAACAGCUUCUGGGUGGGUGAUGUGGUCCGGGUCAUCGAUGACCUUGACACUGUGAAGCAACUCCAGGCUGGACAUGGCGAAUGGACGGAUGACAUGGCUCCCGCCCUGGGCCGUGUGGGGAAAGUGCUGAAGGUGUUUGGAGACGGAAACUUGCGUGUGGCAGUCGGCGGUCAACGGUGGACCUUUAGCCCCUCCUGCCUAGUGGCCUACCGGCCCGAGGAAGACGCCAACUUGGACGUGGCUGAGCGUGCCAGAGAGAACAGAAGCUCACUGAGUGUGGCCCUGGACAAGCUCCGGACCCAGAAGAGUGACCCAGAGCAUCCAGGGAGGCUGGUAGUAGAGGCUGCACUGGGAAAUGUAGCCCGGGCUCUGGAUCUACUGCGGAGGCACCCGGAGCAGGUGGACACCAAGAACCAGGGCAGGACCGCCCUCCAGGUGGCUGCUUACCUGGGCCAGGUAGAGCUGGUGCAGCUGCUGCUGCAGGCAAGGGCUAGUGUGGACCUGCUGGACGAUGAGGGCAACAGUGCGCUCCACUAUGCAGCUCUGGGGAACCAGCCUGAGGCCACAAGGGUACUCCUGAGUGCAGGAUGUGGGGUUGAUGCUCGAAAUGGCACACGCAGCACAGCCCUGCAUGUGGCUGUGCAGAGGGGCUUCCUAGAGGUGGUAAAGACCUUGUGUGAGCGUGGUUGUGAUGUCAACUUGCCGGAUGCCCACGCGGACACGCCCCUGCAUUCUGCCAUCUCUGCAGGUGCCGGUGCCAGCAGCAUUGUUGAAGUCCUCACCGAGGUGCCUGGUAUCGAUGUCACUGCUACCAAUAGCCAGGGCUUUACAUUGCUGCACCAUGCGUCCCUCAAGGGCCAUGUGCUGGCAGUCAGAAAGAUUCUGGCACGGGCACGGCAGCUGGUGGAUGCCAAGAAGGAGGAUGGCUUCACAGCACUGCACCUGGCAGCUCUCAAUGACCACCGUGAGGUGGCCCAGGUCCUAAUCCGAGAGGGCCGUUGCGAUGUGAACGUGCGCAACCGGAAGCUUCAGUCUCCGCUGCAUCUGGCUGUGCAGCAGGCCCACGUGGGGCUGGUUCCGCUGCUGGUGGAUGCCGGCUGCAGCGUCAACACUGAGGAUGAGGAGGGAGACACAGCCCUGCACGUCGCCCUGCAGCGGCACCAGCUGUUGCCCUUGGUGUCUGACAGGGCUGGGGGGGACCCAGGGCCCUUGCAGCUGCUGUCGAGGCUACAGGCCUCAGGCCUCCCAGGCAGCACAGAGUUGACCGUAGGCGCGGCAGUGGCCUGCUUCUUGGCACUGGAGGGUGCUGACGUGAGCUACGCAAACCACCGUGGCAGGAGCCCACUGGACCUGGCCACGGAAGGCCGAGUGCUCAAGGCUUUGCAGGGCUGUGCCCAGCGCUUCCGGGAGCGACAGGCAGGUGGCGGUGGGGGUGUGCCCCCGGGCCCCCGGCACGUGCUGAGCACCCCUAACACCGUGACGAACCUGCAUGUGUCUGGCACGGCAGGGCCAGAAGCUGCCGAGUGCUUGGUGUGCUCGGAGCUGGCACUGCUGGUUCUGUUCUCGCCGUGUCAGCAUCGCACCGUGUGUGAGGAGUGCGCUCGGAGGAUGAAGAAGUGCAUCAGGUGCCAGGUGGCCAUCAGCAAGAAGCUGCGCCCAGAUGGCUCAGAGGUGGUAAACACCAUCCAGGUACCCGGUCCUCCUCGGCAGCUGGUAGAGGAGCUCCAGAGCCGCUACCGGCAGAUGGAGGAGCGCAUCACCUGCCCCAUCUGCAUCGACAGCCACAUCCGCCUAGUGUUCCAGUGCGGCCACGGGGCAUGCGCGCCCUGUGGCGCCGCGCUCACCGCCUGCCCCAUCUGCCGCCAGCCCAUCCGCGACCGCAUUCAGAUCUUCGUGUGAGCGCAUUCAGCACACCAUGGCGGAUCCCAGACCCUUCAACAAAAUACGUGUAUUUUAUAAAAAGAUUCUCGGACUUUGCUGCCUGCUCCUUGCCUAGCGAUGCUGGGCAGGCCCCAGCGAUCCUCACCAUUCCCAGCAAACUCUCCCCACCCCCAAAACACAUACAGCACACGAAGCCCCAGGCUGCCUGUAGGUCAGGAACACUCACUGGUUGUCGUACAGGCCACUUAGAGUGAUCUGGCUGUGGUUUGACACGAGAGGGUCCCGGAAUCCACACGGUGCUCCAAAAG